UCUUCCAUUGUUGUUACUAUUAUGUCGAGCUUAUCCGACUCUUUCAUGGAGUUUUUUGAUGAACAUGCCCGAUAUUGUAGAUGUGGUAAUGAAGCAUUAUUGAAGACUUCUUGGACCCAAUUAAACCCGAAGGUCGCAUUUUUAUGUUGUAAAAUACCAAAGAAAAUGGGUGGUUGUGAUUAUUUCUUUUGGAUGGAAGAUAGGCACCCUGCGCAAGCAAAUAGGGUGAUGUGGGGUUUGUUGAAGAAAGUGAAGGCUUUUGAAGAGAAAAGAAUUCGAGCAAGAAAUAUGCUCAUUGUUGCUGCCAUUGUUGCUGGUUUUGUGAUGCUCGGGAUAUGGAAAAUCAAGCCAAAUUGUUAGAUGG